AGCAAAUCCGUGGUAGAAAAUUCUCAGCCGGUCAGGGUAAGGUCAGGUGCACCAACUAUUACGUAACCCAAGCCCGUUUAAGAAGGUGCCCCCACAUUUCAGUGACUUUCCAGCUCAUCCUUUUUCUGGAGAAAAUUCACGCUCUAAACAAAACCUCCAUGGCUCCUACUACGCCACAGCAGUAGUGCGCCAUCCAUAGUCUUCCUUCUUCCCCCUUGGCCUCCCUCCGCCGUCCCGUCGCCUCCUCGUGGUGCAUCAGGAAUUCGUACUCACUCGUCAAAAGGAAUCCACGAGAUCGAAAGCAACAGUAACAGCACCGGCUCAAUUCCAUUAUUAAAGCCCCCACUUUUGAAAAAGCUGGAGGAUUAAAAACCCUAAAUUGGAGCAAGGGAAUUCGUCUCGUCCCAGCUGCAGAUGCGUGAUCCGGAGAGGUGUAGAACCUAGGCUCCCAGCGCCACCUUCCGACGGACGGAUCCUUCACCUGCCGCUCCCCGCUUGGGUUGGUGGUUUGUAGUGGAGAUUUGGCCGGACGAUUGGUUUCUUCUUUUGCUGAUACUCUUGUUCAAUUUGUGGUCAGAGUACCACACAUGACAAGGGUCAUCCAUGACUCUGGAGAAGGCGUGCAGAAGGAGGCACUUGAUUUGGUCUCAUCUGAUGUUAACUUCCCCAAGGGCCAUUUCCCGGACUACCGGAUUGGGCUGAACAACCAAAUCAUUGAUCCAGAGGAGACACAUGAGGCUGUACCUCUCAAGGAGAUUGUUGCGAAGGAAACAGCACAGCUACUAGAGCAGCGAAGGCGUCUCUCGGUGCGUGAUCUCAAGGAGAAGUUUGAGAAGGGUCUGUCUGGCGCUUCCAAGUUGUCUGAAGAGGCUAAGAGGCGAGAAGCAGCUUCAUUAGACAGGCAAGUUCUUCUGAAGAAGCUCAGAGAUGUUUUAGACACGCUGAAAGGCCGUGUAGCUGGUCGAAAUAGAGAUGAUGCUGAGGAAGCUAUCUCACUGGUGGAGGCACUAGCUGUCCAGCUGACACAACGAGAAGGGGAAUUAAUUUAUGAGAAGGCUGAAGUAAAAAAGUUGGCUAACUUCCUCAAACAGGCUACUGAAGAUGCCCGUAAAGUGGCUGAAGAGGAAAGAGCUCUUGCGCUUGCCGAAAUUGAAAAGGCUAGAGCUGCGAUAGAAAAGGUGGAGAAAGCAUUGCAGGUGCAUGAUUCUGCGUCAAGUAGCAGGGAGAAGGAGGAGAUAGAGGAACUUAGGAAAGAGGUUCGAGAGGCUAGAAGAAUAAAAAUGCUACACCAGCCAAGCAAGGUCCUCGACAUGGAAUUUGAGCUUCAAGCACUGCGGGCUCUCAUCUCAGAGAAAACUCAACUUUGCAAUCAGCUAAAGAAAGAGCUUGCCAUGAUCAAGAGGCUGGAAGAGGAUAUCUCUGACCUCUUUGAUCUUGAAGGCUCUGAUACCCUUGGAUCACAGUUCCGUAUUAUCCCUCGAGUUGAUGGUGCUCCGGACAUCGCAAAUUGUCCAAUUCAGUGGUACCGUGUAGUUUCUGGAGGCAUUAGAGAGCUCAUAUCAGGAGCAACCAAAUUUACAUAUGCUCCAGAACCAUUUGAUGUUGGCCGACUAUUGCAAGCAGAGAUAAUUUUGAACACAGAGAAAUUUACAAUUCAGACAGAUGGUCCUAUAAAUCAUGCUGCAGGACUUGAAUGUUAUGUGGACUCACUAAUGAAAAGGACAGAUACUGAGUUCAAUGUGGUAGUCACCCAAAUGAAUGGGCGUGAUUACUCAUCGAACUCUGUCCAUGUAUUUCACAUUGGAAAGCUGAGAAUAAAACUCCGAAAAGGAUGGUCUACAAAAGCAAGAGAGUCGUAUUCCACUACGAUGAAGUUAUGUGGGAGCCGUGGUGGCGGUAAUGCUGCAGCUAAGGCAGUUUUCUGGCAAGCUAGGAAAGGCUUGUCCUACACUUUAGCUUUUGAAACAGACAGGGAUAGGAAUGCUGCAAUUAUACUUGCUCGCAAAUUCGCUUCCAAUUGCAAUGUCGUGCUCACUGGUCCAGGUGACCAAGUUCAUGGUGGCAGAUGAUGGGCUAAUUAUCAGGAGUGAAGCUAGCAUCUAAAUGAAGGGGAUGCACUACCAUUGAAAACACAUAAAUUUUUCAAAAUACUGUUCAUUGUAGCUAUGUUUAGUAGUAAUUUUUGAUUGGAGGGGGAGGGGGUGGGGGUGCACCUCCCAUAACGUGGCGUCACCCUUGCUAAUUAUGCAUGUUUUGACAGCGACACGUACAUACUUAGGGUGUGGAUUGGGUAUUUGUGUUUGUGAGAGUAGAGGUUGUACACUGCACGAGGCUCCCCCUUUUCCAUACAUCUUAUGGAGGCAUUCUUUUUAUUUGCCUGUCUGCAGCUUUAGCAACGUUCUUGAAACAUGAUGGACUAUCGUCCUUGUGAACAUCUGUAACGUUUGAACAAGAAAGCUUGGUUGUAAUGUAGUUUUGUCAGUAGGGAUUUCCCUCUGGUUAUAAAAAAAUGUAGAGAUGCCACUUUCUGUGGUAUGUAACCUGGACUCCUGAAGUAAUUUACUGAUGAUAUUCAGGUGACCUUUGGUGGA